CUCAGUUUCUGUUUCCUUGGAAACAACGUUACGUACGGACGUAAAAGUCAUGGCUACUAAUGUAUCAUCUAUUAACAAAUUGGAGAUUCAAGAGCAAAGUGUCCGAAGCUGUGCAGAAAACAUGGUGGAAAAGACGGACAUGGACGAAGACCUGUUCGAUGAGCUCAGCUCAUCAGACACAGACUCAUCUUUUAGUGUUGCUAUUGGCUGCAUACAGGACAUAAUCAUGGGCGAGGACUUCCAGCAUCUUCAGCAGAGUUUCAUGAUGAAACACUACCUGGAGUUUGAUGACUCUGAUGAGAACAAACUCAGCUACACACCCAUCUUCAACGAAUACGUGGACCUGUUGGAGAAACACCUGGAGCAGCAGCUGACCGAGAGAAUCCCCGGCUUCAACAUGAACGCCUUCAUCGAGCUCGUUGUGCUCAACAAAGAAGAAGUCCCAGAUGAGAUCUACGACAUGUUGUUAACGUUCACAGACUUCGUGGCCUUCAAGGAGAUGUUUCUAGAAUACAGAGCUGAAAAGGAAGGCAGAGGACUGGAUCUGAGUUCAGCCAUCGUGGUGACGCCUCUGGCAUUUGUCCGUGAUGGAGUCAUGGACUCAGAGUGAAGAUCUUCAUGAUCCUUGAGUCGACUUCAGGAGAUAAACACAGAAAUCUGCACCAACGAAUCAGAACGGCUCAGUUUGUUGAAGUUUAGGGAUGCGAUGGUCUUUAUUUUACCUUUAAAUCUCCUCUCAUGUGUUUGAAGACUUAUUUGAACUGCCUGUUUGGAGCAGCAGAGGAACAUUUAGUUCUGUAGAGUCGUUAAACGAUUCUGUCAGGAAUCAUUUAGCAGAACUGUUUAUUAUUUACGGUCAGUUUGAUGAGUAAAAUCUGUGAAAGUGAUUUUUAAUGUUUGUGUGUGUGUGCGUGAAAUAAGUUUCAUUAGUGUCAACAUGAUUUUUAUUCAUAGUUUUUAUUUUAACGGUUUGUUUACUGGUGAAACACUGUUUUAGUCACGUUUGUUUGUAAAAUAUUUAGAAAUAAAACAGAAAAAAAUCA